GAGCCGCAGACUAAAGAGUCGAGUGAAAGCGAAAUACUGAGAAUCUAAAAUACUGACAGACAGCUAUUGCAGGAUCCACAGAGGAAAAUGUAUGCCUCCCUGCUGCUUUGCUGCUUUGUCUUUGCUGCAACACAAUACUUCCUUGGCUGGGCUCAUAUGAUCCCUGAUGAGGGACUUUCCACCAAUAAGGUUGUUGUAUCCAAUGAUUUGUCUCAAAGCCUAGAAAUAGGCUCACCCCCAGUUGUUAUUGUAGAACUGACGAAAUCUGUAAAGAAGAAAGAGAAAGCGAAAAAGCAAAGAAAGAGCAAACUUGAUGUGAAGAAGCGUCCUCCUCCUCCUGCUAACUGCAUCUCCCUGUGGGGAAACUGUAAAUCUCCAGGCAAUGUGUGCUGUGAUUUCUGUGCUUUCUGUCAGUGUCGUCUCUUCAGAACUGUCUGUUACUGCCGGAUGGGCAACCCCCACUGCUGAACAGGCAGCUGUAGUCCACGCCUAUAGAGUUAAACCCCAUGGUAAAGCAAACCACCUGCAGUGAACACUGUGAAAUGUGAUUCACUCCUUGCCCUUAUUUGCAAUUUUACCCAAAAUACAGAGCAUAAAAGCACUUUAUCACAGAGGAUUGCACCAGAGAACUUAAACUAAGAUCUAACAGGGUGUAGUGCUUUUCACACUGUUAUGAAACAAGCUAUUAAAAAGUUUUUAUACAAGUUUUUCAUUUCUUUGAGCUUUUGGCAGACAUAAAUGGAAUUUCAUGUAUUGCUUUAUGUUAAAACAUUAAUACAGGAACAUCCAGCAUAUCUUAAUUACAAUAGCUUAUAACAAAUUUAUUAAGCAUUUCAAGACUUAAGUUUCUUUGUGAUCAAGUAAAUAUUUUGUAUUUAAUUCCUCUUCUUUCUGGCACUGUUUCUGCAAGCCUUUGUAUGACUAUACCAGCAUAUACACAGCUUACUGUAAGGUUCUGUAAGGAAACUGGCAGCAGAGCUUGGCGAAAAAAGAGUGAAUCAGCCUGUAGCUACAAGGUUAAACUCCUUCCACAUGCCUGGAAAGGCACAUCACCCAGAAGUGAACAGAGGACUCCACAGGCAGUAGUGACAAUGGAAAUAAACAAACCUGCUCUCUUUUUUAUUUUGUUUUCUUUUUUUUUUUUCAACAAGAGAUUUUUUUCCAUUUAUAAACAACAGCACGUAUGUAGAACAGUAUGUUCUCGAAUGUUUCAUCAACCUAUUGCAACAGCCUUUCAACUUGUCACGCAAGUUUACCCAGUAGGCUGCAAUUACUGUGUCAAGCCAGACAGCUUAUUUUCUCAGGCUCACUCGUAAUUUUCUCAAUUUCACACUUUCCCCAACAACAACAGCACGGUGUCCUGACGGAGUUUGUUUUUGGCUGAAGAAAUAACACAUAGCUAAUGCUUGUUAAGACAGGGUCAGACUGGGAACACAAGGUGUCCUGGGAAUUUUAUGUCUAAUGCCA